CCCAUAUUACCUGGAUAUCAGCAGGGGUCGUCAUCUGAUAUUACGCAUGCACUCUGGACGGAUUCUGAACCAGCUCCAGUCAUGAUCUUGGCGCUUCCCACAGAGCUGCGGUUACGCAUAGCGGAGUACGCAUUGGAGCAACGCCCAGCAGCAGGUAUUCCCUACAUGGGCAGCCGUCUGCAAGAGCACGAGAACGAAUAUCGGCCUUCUCAAAACCUUGCUUUGCUUCUUGUGUGCCGUCAGUUCAAUACAGACUUUGCUCAGCUGGCGUACAACAAGACGAGAUUCGUCCUGUGGGACCACGAACGCGGCACCCACCUGCAACAGCUCCCUCCUCAUAUAUUGCGAGACAUCCGAAAGCUCGCCUUCCUCCUCGGUGCACAUGAGAUUCAAUCCUGGGACAAAUACUUCUACGACGUGGAACUGUUACGGCUGGACGAACUCGUGUUCCUCUGCCCGGCGAGAUGGACAAAUGGCCCUCUGAACAUCAGGAAUGUAGUUCGAUUCUUGCGGCGCCUCGCGCACGUUAAAACCGUCAAGUUCGUGGUGUAUGGGAAGGGAGAGGGUCUGAGUCGAGCUCCUUGCUUCUCGUUGAUUGGCAUGAUUAUGAAGGAAGAUCAUUUCCAGAGAUAUGACGCUCCUGGAGCGCCGAAUAUUGAGGCUACGGGGUGGGAUUGGCAUAUCAGUACUCCAGAAAACAGCGUCACGCUGAAAGCCAGGGAACCUAGACCGGUGCUGGCGGAGGAAGAUUACAUGCUGCUCAUGAAGCCGGAAGUAGAUGCUUUCAUGGCAGCAGCUCAGCGAGAGGCAGGUCUUUGAACAUCGGCGCGAUGAGUCAUGUAUAUGGGGGACGGAUGUAUUGCUAGCUGAUCUGCCAGGACCCUCUACGGUUGUCGUACCUUUAGAAUACGCCUGGGGUCUAAGAGCUUGCUCUGCGUUUCUGGAAGCUUCAUCUCUGAUUCACGGACCACCGCAAUGUAAGAGGUUUACUGGAACUAGGUGCAUCAGAG